AUGAACAACUUGAAUAACCCUGACGACUGGAAUAUAAGACCAGAGCAACAGGGUGAUGGUAACAGUAGCAGGUGGAAUUAUGCCCUACUGGUGCCCAUGGUGGGACUCGAUGGCUUUCGAUGGAUCUGGUCAAAGGAGUCUCAAAAGGAAAUUGAACAAGCCAAGGUCAUGUUCGACAAGAACAUGAAGACCAUCCAGAAGGAUCUGGAGCUGAAGUACCGUCAGGCACUCUCCGAAAACCGCAGAGAAACAGCUCACCUGGAGCUUGAUCUAGAGAAAGAGCGUCAGCGGGUGCAUGGUUACCGCCAGGCUCUGGCUUCCCAGAGUCAACAUCUCAAAGGGGAACGUCAAAGUAUCAGGUUGGAACGUGAAUCGCUACAACAUGAGAAAUCUAGAUUGCUUUCUGGAGGCCCCAGUGGUGGCCUCUUUCACGAGGCUCUGGAGAAGGAAAAAGAUCAAGAAAGGAGCACGUCAGUAGCUCUGAAAAAAGGCUGGUGGAGAGGCAGAGGGCUUCUUGCUCAUCUGAAAAUGGAGGAUGGUCUCAGGGACAUUUUUAAGAAUGAUCGCAGUUGUGCAGAGCCUCUUAACACAGAAGAAUGCAAAAAUGGGAGUCUUAUGUGGUUAUAUCUCAGAUACUGGCAGCUGCAGGUCACCCUACAAACACACCAGGGAGCGGACGCUUUUGUACUUGGCUUGCAGACUAGAAAAUAA